AGGAGAUUGACUAUGUUAACUUGACAAUACAUUUCACCGUUAGACUGGUUUUAUUUGCUAAAAAUGGAAAUAUUAUUGUUUGACAUGGGAUUUUUGUUCAUUUCUUGUCUCAAUAACAAAUUUCAUGUGGAGCAAACUAAGAUUACUCACGGAGGCCACGGUAUGAACGAAAAGCAACAGUUACAAGAGCAUCAGAACGUGCGACCAGGACAGAUUCGCUCAUCACAACCAUUGCCCAUUGAUUAUCAUCAGAAUCAGCAGCGAUCACUGCGGCCGCAGUUGACGGGACAGGUGUACGGUCGUUAUUCAUCACAAAUGCCACGACAACCUCGUGUACCAAAUCCACAGCGUGUGGGACACUCACAGUCACAGUUGGCGGAUCAAGUUUAUGGUCGUUAUUCAUCUCAAGCACCACGACGGCCUUGGGCGCCAAAUUCACAGCGCACGGUCCACUCACAGCCGCAAUUUCAAGGGCAGGAGCAAGGCAACGGACGACAGCAAUUUGGGUUUAGACCACAGAACUAUGUCUCCCGAACCCCAGGCUCACACGAUGGAAAUUAUACAAAUGAGAGAGAAGCAUCUGGAAGCCAGGACUAUCAUAAACAUGGACAAGCACGAAGACCAACAUAUAAAAACGUUAUCCACCCCAUCAAACGACGUUGGGAUCGCUAUCAAGACCAAAAAAAAGACAAUUUUACGAUUAUGACAUACAAUCUCUUGGCGGACAGCCUUGCCAGAAGCAACUCAUCCCUCUACCAAGGCUACGGAAGUCAUUCUGUUAUGUGGAAGUAUAGAAAGCAGACACUGCUUCGCGAGCUCGGACAUCUAGGAGCGCAUACAUUCGACUUUUAUUGUUUCCAAGAACUCGAUUUCAUGCAUUUUGAAAAAGACUUUUCUGAACAAUUUCAAAAAUGGGGCUACACCGGCGUGUACAAAAAGCGGAAUGGAGACAAGAUUGACGGCUGCGCGCUCUUUUAUCGCAAUAAGACUGUCCAGCCCAUCUCUAUUCAUCUGCUAGAUUAUAAUCGAUACGAUCCAGAGUAUCGUGAUAAUGUCGGAAUUGUUGGGCUGUUUGAUAUCAAGCAAGGAGAACACACUAAGCGAGUUUGUAUAGCAACGACCCAUAUUCUGUUCAAUCCCAAACAGGGCAUGCGGAAGAUUGCGCAGUUGCGGAUCCUUCUUACAAAGGCAAAGGAGCUUAUCGAUAACGAUGAAACAGAGCCGCCACUUGUUCUCUGUGGAGAUUUAAAUGCUUUACCACAUAGUACAGUGAUUAAUUUCUUGACUCAAGACUUCGUGGAUGUUUCUAAAUUGCCGGAUAAGUUGUUGUCUGGACAGAACAAAGGAGAUGUAUCCAAUGAAGGGUAUUAUGAUAACGAUAUCUCUCACUUUCAUGCUGUCUUUGGCGACAAUGAAGCCACUUGUUGGAUACGUAAACCUGAGGUGGAACGUGCGAACACAAACAUUAUGAAAAUACAGCCUCAAAUGUGUGCCUCAACGCUGCCAACAACAUCUGUUAAUACCCAUCUAUUUGCAAAAGAUAUGAUGGAGUAUAAAGAUGGACAAGGACCUUCAACAAUUACAACCAUCAGUAUUAGCAGUGAUAUUGAACUGUUCAAUUCCGUCAAGGUGCCUCCGACAGAUCCUUGCUCCGGACCAAAUAUGAGGCAUACCGAUGUGAUGAAAGGUGUGCGUGCAUGUCCGCUCCUCUCCCAGCCGUUCUCAUUACAGAGUGCAUAUGAUAUUUCAGCUAUACCGAUGUACAGACGAGACGGUGUCCCUUGGACGCAUCCUGGAGAGACGUUCACCACAUUUCAUCGGCGGGCUCGAGAAAUAUGUGAUUACAUCUUCUAUGGCCAUCUUCGGCCAAAUGUAUCGAGUACUGAAAAGCAAUCCUCAAAGCUGAGACUUCUAGGUUGUCUGGAUUUACCAUGCCAACUUAUUGCUAAUGAACGAGGUUUGCCGACAAGAGACUUUGGGUCGGAUCAUCUGUCAUUGGUGAGUAAAUUCCAGUUCAUAUAGACUGUCUCGGUGUGAGAUGAUCAUCAUGACAUGGGGACCGCGUGAUAUCGGGAACGGUAGUUAUAUUACAUUUAUUCCAGACAAUCCGAAUUAUAUUGUACAGGCAUUUUUCUUUCUUUUUUUACGCCUCUUCACCACAUGCAAGCAGACAAUUCAUUCCAGUGAUCCAGAAUAUGUUUACACACUUUUGAAAAAAUAAAGACAGCGAGCCGUCAAAACAAAAAAAUAAAAAUAAAAAUAAAAAUAAAAAAAG